AUGAAAUGCUCCGAGCAAAGUUGUCCUUUGGCUGCUUUGCCACCGACAGGCGCCAACAAAAUAACUGAAGACUCGCCUUGUCCUAUAUCUUCCUGCGACGGCCAUCAAACACAUGUCCAAUGCGACACCAUGUGUCGAAUUGAUGUAGAGUUAGAUGAUCAUGGCGAGGAACAGUGGGGUCUCCUCCGUCAUCAAGGUACUCAUAAACACGAGUGGGCAGAGGCGAAGAAAGCCGAUCCCAUUGCAAAAGAGCAGUUGAAAGACAAAGUCCUCAAUGACAGUAAGACCGGGCCAUUAGGUCUAAAGGUUGGUCGUGCACAUACAGGAACAGAACCAAUCCAAUCAGUGGUCGAUCUUCACACGUCCUUUGGCAAUGCGGACCGUUUGGGUUACUUGCGACGGGUAUUCCUCGUGGAAGCUGGCAUUAUGACGAAUACUAGAGAUCCAGAAGCCGGAGACAAAUGGCUGGUCUCGAUGAUGGACUGGUCCAGGAAGGGUCUCAUUGUGGUGUCCUCCUCAAUUUCUCCCGAAGACGCUCAUAUAUCCUUCCAAACAGGAUGGAUGGCUGAGCUUUUGGUCGAACCUGACGAGAAAUCGACAACCUAUACCGGAGGACUCCUCUCUGACGUUACUUAUAGGUUUUUUAAGAUGGGUUACUUAUUAACAACAUCGAAAUAUUGCAAAACCCUCAAGCGCUGGGCACCCGUCCUCUUCACGUGGCUUGGAGGUCUCCAGUCCGAACAUUACAAGAUUCAUUUCAGAAACUUACUACGUCAGAUUCAAAAAACCAAAUUGUCCGACAAGAACAAAGCAAUGAUGUCAGAACAAGUUGUAGAUUUCUCAUUGGCUCAGAAAGUAGGAUUUCAAGAGGCUUACAUGGAGGUAUUCAAUUGCCAAGAUAAAAAUGUUGCACUUUCAAAGCUUCACGGAUGCGAAUGGCACUUUCUCCAAGCUGUCACGCGCCUCAAGAAGAAUAGUAAGAUUGUUAAGCCGCAACAAAAGGGCACCUGGGAGAAAAAAUGCAAAGCAUUACUUCUCCCAGACGGACCUGGAAUUGACGAUCUCGACACUAGGUUCGAGGAGUUGCGCCGUAUGUUCCCUCUAGCCAAGCGGUGGCUAGAAUGGUGGGGUACCGCGGAUGUUCAAGCAAUGCUAUUUCCCGCCAGGAAGCGGAUGCCUAAAGACUAUCCUCCCUUACCACUUGAGAUUCAUGAAGACGACGAAGAAGAAUUUGACAACCCUCGACGCCGUCCAGAACUUCCAUCAACUACCAAUGGACAGGAAUCGAUGCAUAGGGUUUACUAUAUCUUGUGCAAAGGCAGAUGUGCAGUUAUCCCUGGUAUCAUUCAACUCAUCGCUUUUGCACAGUGUUUAGAGAAAGAUUAUCAACAAGUUAAGAAAGGUAUUAGCAUUACCUACGGUGCAGAGGCUCAUAAGACGUGGCAAGAAGUUGUCAAGGCCAUUGGAAUGGCGCCACCGACAAAACGAAAAUAUACCCGCAAUGACGGACGUGCUCCUGACACCACCGAGGCCCUCAUUGGAAAGAACACCAGAAGGAUCAAAAAACCUGCCAAACUUGGACGUCCUACUAUGACUCGAUGGCAAAAGCUUCUGCACGAAGCGGUUCAAGAAUUGUCUCCCUCAUUCACCUCUGACGUGUUCUCAUCAGCUGAUGGGUUCAUGGAACUGUUACUAGCCAAAGUUGAAGACACCAAAUCAUCCUUGCGACCUCUCUUUGAACACUCCCGAGUCAAGACUGUGACAUGUAGUCGUAAUUCAGAACACCAAAGUGUGACUUCUCAACGUCGAGCCAUCCUUCAACUGUUGCCUGGGACAUUUACGAAUGCCUCAAUACCUUACUCAGAUGUCUCAAGCUUGAUAUCAAUGUGGCUGUCUGAAGGACUAACCACCGAGGGUAUUUUGUGCCGUCAUUGUCACCCGGACACCAAAGACCAGCAACCCAUUGCCAAUCCUUCGUAUGUGCAGGACAACAUCAGGAUUGAUAUUCCAGACGAAGCGUCGGCGCCACUGCAUCUUUACUUCUUCUUAGAUGGUGUUGCAGGUUUAACUGGGGAUGCACGUGAAAGGUACCAGGGUGAGACCAAUUGGCCUGCUCGAAUUAAAUUGAAAGGUGUCGAGUAUAUGAUGGUUUGCAGGGGUUACUGGGCGCAUUCUCAUUACUGGUGCAGAAUUGUCCGUGCGGUUGAAGGAAUUUUAGGCGUGUGGCACUAUGACGAGCUUUCCAACGGAGGCAUAGCUCAGCUCGAAGGUACUGAUGUUACCAGCUUGGCAGGUUGUUCACCCGGCACCAGCUGGUUGUUCUACUCACGAAUUCCAUCGAAGGAAGAAGGAGAAAUUAUUGCAAAAUCUAUCCGUGAUCUUAUCAAGAUUUUCCCAAAAAACACCACCACCAUUCCAUUUUCCAUGCCAACACGUAACUUCCCAGUGGGAGGCACCCUUGAACAACACGCUCGACUCUCUGACACCGAGGACCCUGAGGACGACGCUGACGUAUCAUUGGACACGAAACCAAACCCUCCAUCAAAUGAUGUAGAUGUAUCUGGUCCUGCAGUUGCUGUCAAGGUCAAGGCACCCGCUAAACACAGAGUUGCGAAGAAAGCUGCAGAGGACUCUGAGGAAGUUGUGAAAGCGCCGAGGGUGAAGAGUAACAAAUCUAAACGCAAGCCACCGCAACAAGCUAAGGUCGAACCCAGCACCGGGGGCAAAACCAACACCAGAGGAGUUAAGAGAUCACAACGUGGAAUUUCCAAAGGUCAUUAUCUUUUGUGUCUCAUUCAAGAAAUAUGA